AUGUCCUUCGCACAUUUGUUACCUCCGAGCUGGAAAACACAGGUCACGGAAUGGCUCCAGGAGGACACGCCGUCGUUUGACUAUGGAGGAUUUGUCGUUGGAGAGGUGGAGCGGACUGCAUAUCUCCUAGGUAAGGGGAAACAGACUGCUGUUCUUGCGGGAGUGCCGUUUGUAGACGAAAUCUUCAAGCAACUCGAUUGCCGGGUAGAAUGGCACAUGAAAGAAGGAGAUACAUUUAAUCCGGUCAAGAGAGUCGCUACCGUCACGGGCAAAGCCCGCUUUCUGCUCCUAGGAGAGCGCGUCGCCCUCAACCUCCUCGCGAGAUGCAGCGGAAUCGCGACCAAGUCUCGACGCUUCAGAGACAUUGCACGUGCCAAUGGUUACAAGGGCAUCAUCGCGGGCACCCGAAAGACAACCCCUGGGUUUCGGUUGGUGGAAAAGUAUGGAAUGAUUGUUGGAGGAAUCGAUGCACAUCGCCACGACCUCUCUAGCAUGAUCAUGCUCAAGGACAAUCACAUCUGGUCAUGUGGUUCCAUUACCAACGCCAUCAAGACCGCUCGAGCUGCAGGUGGCUUUAGUCUGCUCAUGGACGUGGAGGUCAGGACAGAGCAAGAGGCAGAUGAAGCCAUCGAAGCGGGUGCAGACGUCGUCAUGCUCGACAAUAUGGAAGGGGAGGAACUACUUCAAGUCGCCCGAAGAUUGCGCGAGAGAUGGAGUGGAAGGCGGUUCCUUUUGGAAACGAGUGGAGGUAUUGACGAAAACAACCUUUGUGAGAGGGCAGUAAACGAAAUUGACAUUCUGAGCACCAGUGCUGUCCAUCAAUCUGUACAGCACAUAGACUUUAGCUUGAAGAUACAGAAGAGCGAGGCCUCUUGA